ACAGUCUUUAUUAUGUCAUAUUCCUGUGUUUCUUCUUUUGCUUGUAGUUAGUAUUACGACUCUAUACUUUCAAAUUUGCCCAAAUGUACAGAGAGAGUGAAAAGUCCCACUAAGUUCCUUCAUGCAAUGGUUCUACAGUCUGAAAGGCUACAUCUUCCCUUAAAUGGAAUACAUCUGCAAACUAAGAAUGGUUUGAAGAGAAUGAAACUUGGCUCUAAACCUGAAUGCAUGCAAUGAGACUGCAAAAUCCACAAGAGUUAAGAAAACAGCAGAAUACGGGGAAACGGGAAGGGGGAGUUUCACCUUCCAGCUCUUUGACUUCUGAACCUGCAAUGAGGAAGAUGGAGGGCUGGACUUUGGUAAUGUGCCUCUUAAGUACCACAUUUGCUAUUCCACUGCCACAACAUCCUGGCUUUAUCAAUUUCAGCUAUGAGGUAAUGACACCUUUAAAGUGGUACCAGAGCCUAAUUGGACACCAGUAUCCACGUUAUAGUUAUGAACCAAUGGGAGGCUGGAUGCACCAUGCUGCAGGACCAAUGAUGCACCAAACUCACUUUCCAAGCCUUCCUUCUGGGCACACGCCUCUCCAUCAAAUGCCACCACAGCAGCCACAUCUAAACCCACAAAUGCAGCAACCUGGGCAUAACCCGUAUGUGCCAUUCUCUGGCCAAAAUACACUGAUACCCCAUUUUCAACCACCAAAUGGAGCACACAUUCAACAGCCACUUUCACCACAUGCUGGAGAACACCCAAUGCACCCCCAGCAACCAGGGAAUCCAAUCCAGCCAAUGUAUCCUCAGCAACCAGCAAAUCCAAAUCAACCAAUGUUCCCUGUGCAACAACUGCCACCAAUGGUCCCAGAUACACCUCUUGAAUCAUGGCCAGCAGCUGACAAAACCAAGCAAGAAGAAGUGGACUAAAAGACCCAAGAAAACAGAAUAAUGCAAAAAAUAAUUUAGGCCUUGUCACUUGCUUUCAAGAACCCACACCUUUACUACGCUCAGUGAUAUAUGAUUCCAUUAACCCACAUUCUUAGUGACUGUUGUAGUUAGAAGGCAAAGUAAG